CUUUAAAAAUAUACCGUAGACGUGACAUUGGUAAUUUUAUAUACAUAGUAUCUUCAUGUAAUAGAGAGAUUUACUUAGUGGAUUUGUUUUAUUAACAACCCCUAUUUCAUUUCAAUAUCAUUGAUGAACAGGAAAUUGGAUAAUCGUAUAUAAAAUUAAAAAUCUUCAGGAAUGCAGCAGUACCCGCCUCCUCCUGGUGGGCAGUAUCCUCCACCUCCUGGUGGGCAGUAUCCCCCGCCUCCAGGUGGGCAGUACCCUCCGCCUCCGGCUGCUCACUACCCGCCACCACAAGGACCACCUCCACCCUAUAAUGGCGGAUAUGGUCCACCACCGAUGCAUCACCAACAGCAACAACAGCAGGUUGUAGUAGUUCAACAAAGCAGCGACUAUGUAACGGUGAAGGAAAACAAAGGAUGCAUGCCAGAUACAAGUAAGUGGGAGUGGUGGAACUGGUUGCUCUGUGUCCUUGUUGUAAUAUUUCUAGGUCCAAUUAUCUUAGUACUAGGAUUGGCAUGUUGUAUUCUUCUGGGUGGUGGCGGCGACCAUGGCCAUGACCAUCAUUAAAGACUAUCAAGAUUGAUGGAAGAUUCCACUACAAAGAUUUCUCGAGAAUUGGUAGGAUCGAAAUCGACGCAGACAUAAUUAUUGGAUGUAUACUAAAUCAAAGACUGUAAAUAAUCAUCUCAUCAAAUUAUAGUUAUCAUUAUCAUUCUGUAUUGUUUGUUUUCACUAAAGUAAUGUCAUUUAA